AUGUCCGGGUCGCAACCAACCCCCGACGCCAGCCCGUCCGGCGACUCGCCAGACACACAUGGUGCUGCCGCCCAGGGCCUGAAGUCCAAGCGGAUCCUGGCCUGUAUUUUAUGUCAGCAGCGCAAGAUCAAGUGCGAGCGCAAGUUCCCGUGCUCCAACUGCAUCAAGUCGAACGCCCAGUGUGUCCCGGCCAACCUGGUCCCCCGGCAGCGGAAACGUCGCUUCCCCGAGCGGGAACUUCUGGAGCGUCUGCGCCGGUAUGAGGACAUACUGCGGAAGAACAACCUCAAGUUCGAUCCCAUGCACAAGGAGGACCCUCACACUAAGUCAUCCGAUGCCCAUGGUGACGAUGCAUCAGAUGCCGGCUCUCCAGAGGCUACUGCCGACUUCCCCAAUUCUUCGGAUCGAUUACCCGAAGCAAAGAACUUUUGGAAUGCCAUGCGCCAAGGGUUUCACGAAGUUGACCAUAUCGGCGAAGUAGCCGCUAGAGAGGCAUGGGAUGAAAUAUACGAGGAUAACGACCAGAUCCUGUUCGGCAUUCGCAAAACAGUCAUCGACAUUCCCAGCCUGCAGCCGGAGCCCGUUCAGGUCUUUCGGCUCUGGCAAAUUUACCUUGACAAUGUCAACCCAUUGUUGAAAGUAACGCACACUCCUACACUUCAGCCAUGCAUUAUCGAGGCUGUCAGUAACUUUGAGAAAGUCAGCCCGGUGCUAGAGGCUCUCAUGUUUGGAAUCUACUCCAUGGCUAUUCAUUCACUUACUAAUGCCGAUUGCCAAGCAACGUUUGGCUCGUCGAGGGACGAUCUCUUGCAUAAGUACCAGUACGGGUGCCAGCAAGCUUUGGUGAAGUGUGGAUAUCUACGAACGGGGGACCGAGACUGCUUGACGGCUUUUUACCUCUACCUGCUGUCUGUCUCCAAGGCCACAGAUCCUCGAUGCCUAUCAUCAAUGCUCGGCGUUGCCGUGCGAAUUGCUCAACGCAUGGGUAUCCAUUUAGAGGCAUCGAACUCUACAUUUCCCCCACUAGAGGCUGAGAUGCGAAGGCGGUUGUGGUGGUCUCUGAUUCUCUAUGACGCUCGAGUUGGAGAAAUGGCCGACCACAAGAGUGCAGCACUCGCUCCCACAUGGGACUGCCAAGUUCCACUGAGUCUGAACGACUCUGACCUCAGGCCGGAGAUGAAAGAGUUCCCAGCCAUGGAGCCAAAGUCGAGCGAGGCCAUCUAUGCCGUCGUCCGCAGCGACAUUGCCAACUUCUAUCGCCACACAUCAUCAUAUCUAGACUUUAAUAUCCCAGCACUCAAGGCCGUCGCCAGCGUCGCAAAAAACGACGGCCUGGGCAUCGAGACGUUGGAGAAGAGGGUGGAGGAGAAGUAUCUCAAGUUCUGCGAUCCGGAGAAUCCCCUCCAUUUCCUAACCAUAUGGACAACCCGCCUGAGUGUGGCCAAGGCGCGACUAAUUGUCCACUACUCCAAGGCAUCAUCAAACUCGCCCCCCACAGAGGCGGAGAACGACGCCGCCAUUCUCCAGGCCAUCACCAUGCUGGAGAGCGACACGAAAAUCAUCAGUCUCCCUUCAGUGAAAGGCUUCGUCUGGAUGGGCAACCUCCAUUUCCCUCUUCCCGGCUACAUCCAUCUUGUGUACGCUCUACGGCAAAAUCCUCUCAACCGGCAUGCCGAACACGCCUGGCGAGCCAUGAGUGAGAACAGCGCGAUGCGCCUGAGCUAUAGUAGCGAGAUGCGGCACAAGCUCGAGACCAAGGCCAAGAACCCUCUUUUUAGAAAUCUAACGAAAAUCAUCCUGUUGACGUGGGAUGCCCGUGUGGCCGCCGAGGAGGCCUUGGGGCGGACCGUAGCACCACCCGAUAUCGUGGUGAGGGUGAAGGCGAUCCAAGCUGCGCGUAUGGAAGGCGAAUCCCCGCAGAGCCAGACGGGAUCUAUUGAUGUGGAUGACAUCAACAUUAAUGAUAUUAUGAUGAACAUGCCGGGGGGGUUGGGUAUGGACUGGCAGCUCGACUAUAACCAGAUGGAAGCAAUGGGCAUCGGGAUGCCCGACCAAACGAGCUUCAAUUCGAACAUCAACCAGCUCAACUGGGCGACGAUGGGCUGGGGUAUCAGCAACCAGCAGAACCGACCGGGGUGA